AUGGUAUGGUCAUCAGUAUUGGGGGCUGCCACCCUGGCAAUCCUGGUGAAAGCCCAGACCCCGAUAUCACCAACACCAUUCCUCACAACAACAGCGGCAUCUGCUCCCAGCCCAACUAAAACGCUUGACGUCAAGGCAGAGGCGUCGUCAACUGAAAGUUCUUCUGCCUCUAUUGCGGCAGCAGAGACCCAUACCAUUGCCGUUGGUGUAUCGGGAUGGUCGUUCACGCCUUCCAAGACAGAGGCCAAUGUCGGCGAUACCAUCGAGUGGAUUUUCUAUCCUGAUGCUCACUCUGUCAUCCGCGCCGAGUUCGGUUUCCCCUGCACGCCGUACGAGUAUGUGGAUAUUGGCCGCCAAGGGUUCUACAGCGGCCCUCAAUCUGUCAAGGCCAUCACGAAUAAUAUGCCACGAUACAGGGUCCUUGUCAACGAUACUGAUCCGAUUUUCUUUUACUGCGGCGCCCCUGGUUCAUGUUAUAAGGAGAAGAUGAUUGGGGUUAUCAACGAGAGUCAGAACUCGACCAAAACGCUAGACAAGCAGCUCGAGGCGGCACUUCCUUUGACGACCCAGAUCCUUCCCGGCGAGUCUUUCCCUGUAGAAUCGGACGCUCCCAAGCCAACCAGCGGCUCUGGCAGCUCUGCUUCUUCCGACGGCAACGGUGCCGUCAUUAACAAUUACCACCACAGCCUAAGUGGCGGGCAAAUUGCAGGCAUUGUAGUUGGCUCUUUGGCCUUCCUGCUGCUCGGCGGAGGGUUGAUCUACUUAUGCGGACGACGUGGUGGGCUCGACCGUGCCUACCGACGAGCCUCAAACGUGUAUCAAGCACAACCGCCGCAACCUUCGCAACCAGCUGUUACGGAAGUCAACUACGUGACGCGGCCAAAGACCCCGACCGUUCAAGAAUGGAGGAGCAGUCACUACAGCGCAUUCAGUGGUGGUCCGUACCACGAUUCCACACCUACGGGCCAGUUCUCACCUCCGAGGAGCCCUCAGCCUAACGGAUUUUUUCAUCCCAUUAACGGCAUACAGACUUACUUGUGA